AUGGCGGCGGUUCUUCUCACACUCGUCCUGGCGACCUUAGUACAAGGUCUCCGGUACGAUCCAGACUUUGUUGACUACAACCUUAACCAGAAUAAAGACGCCACAAAUCCAUUAGACUACUCUGCGCCAAAACGAGAUAAAUACACACCGUCCCCGAAAGACUGGCGAUUUCCCUUCUACACGCUUUUCCUCGACAGGUUCGCCAAUGGUGACCCUACUAAUGACAACAUCAACGGCACUGUCUAUGAGCAUGAUCCAACAAGCAACCAGUUGCGCCAUGGAGGUGAUGUUCAGGGCAUCAUUGACAGCCUGGACUAUAUCCAAGGCAUGGGGAUGAAAGCUAUCUACAUUGCUGGUUCACCCUUUAUCAACCUUCCUUGGGGCGUUGACUCGUACUCUCCCAUUGACUUGACUCUCUUGGACAUGCAUUACGGUACAAUUAAGGAUUGGCAACGAAUGGUGGACGAGAUUCAUAAACGUGACAUGUAUGUCAUGAUCGACCAUACUUUCUCAACCCAGAUUAGUAUGAGCGAUCUUCUCGCGUUCAAAGGCUUCGAGAACGAAACCGCCCCGUUUAAGCUCGACGAACACAAGGUGCACUACAAGAGUAACCGAGAGUAUCUCGAUUUUGCGCCAUCCAACGAAUAUAAGGACGAAUGCGAGUAUCCCAGGUUUUGGGAUGAGACUGGAAUGCCUGUGGGAGACGAUGUCACCAGCCAGUUAAAGGGCUGCUAUGACAAUGAUUUCGACCAGUACGGCGACAUGGAAGCCUUCGGUGUCCAUCCGGACUGGCAACGUUCCUUGGCCAAAUUCGCUAGUGUCCAGGAUCGAUUGAGGGAAUGGGUGCCAUCCGUUCGCAAACGCAUCGAGUUAUUCUCGUGUCUUUCGAUCAGGGUACUUGAUGUCGAUGGGUUCCGCUUCGAUAAGGCCACGCAAGUCACGGUUGAUGCCAUGGCCGAGCACAACGAAGCCGUCCGCAAGUGUGCCAAGGAACACAACAAGGACAAUUUCUUCUUGCCCGGCGAAAUCACCGGUGGCGAUGGCUACGGUGCGAUUUAUAUUGGCAGAGGACGACAAGGAGAUCAGCGGCCGAACUUUCCCCAGGUCAUGAAUUUGACGACGAAGGAGCUCAGCAAGAACAACAGCCUGGUAAUACGCGACGAGGGCAAAAACGGUCUCGACGCCGGUGCUUUCCACUAUUCGACAUACCGCUUUCUUACAAGGUUUGUCGGUAUGAGUGGAAACUUGGAAGCUGGUUACGACCUGCCGCUCAACUGGGUUCAGAUGUGGAACCAGAUGAUUAUCACCAACGAUUUCGUCAACCCCAAUACUGGCCUUUUCGACCCCCGGCACAUGUACGGGACUAUGAAUCAGGAUGUAUUCCGUUGGUCUGGUAUCAAACUGGGUACGCAGAGGAUGCUUCUGGGUUUAUUCAUCAUGACCCUGCACAUGCCCGGUAUCCCCUUGGUUUUCUACGGUGAAGAGCAGGAAUUUUACGUUCUUGACAGCACGGCGGACAACUACAUUUUUGGACGACAGGCGUUCUCGCCUACACCCGGCUGGAUGCUCCACGGCUGCCAUGCCGGCAACAGUACACAAUACAUUGGCUGGCCCAUUGAGACAUCAAGGACCGGCUGCAACGACCCCAAGGUUGGGCUGGAUCACCGUGACCCAUCGGCUCCGGUCCGCAACAUCAUGAAGUCGAUGUACCAUAUGCGCGAGAAGUUCGAGACUUUCCGUGAAGCAUGGCUCCUGCAGACCCUUAGUUCGAAGAUUAGGACCGUGACGCUCGAAGGCAGCAACACAAGCACCGAAUUCGGAAUUUGGUCCGUUGCUCGCGCGUUCAUGCCCGGAGUUCAAAAAGAGUUAUAUCCAGCUGAACCCGUCUGGCUUGUCUAUCACAACGAGGAAAAGGAAACCGAGUAUACCUUCGACUGCUCCAAGAAGGACAAGGACUUCAUCUCCCCAUUCGAUGCCGGGGCGACGAUCAAGAACUUGUUCUAUCCCUAUGACGAGGUCAAACUGCAGAAAUCCUCUCAGAGCUUGGGAUUCGCUAAUUCCCAUGAGAUAAGCGGCUGCCUUAGCAAUAUCACCAUGGCACCCUUCGAAUUCCGAGCCUAUGUUCUCAAGGAUGAUUGGGAAUCUGCCCCGCCUAUGAUCACCAAGUUCAACCAUGGCCAUGACGCUUCCAUCGAGUCUCGCGAAGACGGAAAGGUCGACAUCGAACUGGAGUUCUCAGAGGAAAUGGACUGCGAAGAGGUUCUCAAGUCGAUCUCUUUCACGUCCAAGACAGAAGAGAAGGCCAGCAUCAAAAUCGAUAAACACGAAUGCGGGAAGAUCAAGACCAGCUUCAUCGUCGAAUAUGUCGGCGCUAUCCCUUCUACCUGGAGGUUCAAAGCCACCUUGUCAAACAUCAAGGACGGAAUCCACAGGAUUACUGUCAAGGAUCCCAAGUCUGUUCGCAAGGGAGUCAGCACGGGCGCUACUGACCACUUCCUCCUCCGUGUCGGUUCACUCAACAACCCGGUUGUCAACCCCAUGAAUGCCAACUAUUCCAAGACACUGGUGACGAAAGAGGGCAGUGAUCUCUUCGUCAACCACGCCGCAGCUGGUGCCGAUAAGUGGCGCUACUCGACCAACUGGGGCUCGAGCUGGAGUGAUUGGCUCGAAUACAAGGGAGGCAAGGAGAAAAUCAAUAAGCUGGACUGGAAGGGAACGAAAAGACAAGAAUGGGAUGAUGACCAUGUCAUGGUUCAGUACUGGUCUAAGCUGCUGGGUAGCGCCUCGUUUGUCCAGUCUGGUGACAGCAAAGACACCAAGUUGCGCCGCUUCCCCCACCUCUUCGCCCAUGGUCUUUUCAACAAGUUUGGCUUUGAUGCUGGUGUCAAGAAUGAGCUGAAGCUGGUUGGUGAUGGGCUGUGGGAGGGCCACAAACCGGACGCCGGAUGGGUGUUCGGCGAUGUGGAUGGAGAUGGGGUCCUGGAUCGUAUGCCGCCUUCAUCGUUGGCAUUGAACGUUAUCAAUGCUACAGAACCGCCGCCGAUGCCUGCGCUGUCGUGGAAGCUUGUCUUCAACGAUGCGCUGCUCACUUUCCGUAAGGAGCCCCAGGGAAAUAUGUGGAUUCAGAUUAUCAUGUUUAUCCUGCUGGCUUCGCUCCCCAUCGUCGGUGGUCUCACUGCCGUCUGGAUUUUCAUGGGCUCCUUCUACAAGGUCAAGGUCAACAAGGUCGGCUUCAAGCGCCGUGGUCGCUCACCUCUGCGCGACAUCGGCAAGCGUAUCAGCAGUACCGUUUCUUUCGAGAAUUUCCGUCACAAGGACGUGGGUGACACGGAGCUCGCUGUCGUUCCCGGCAAGCGCAGAAAGGUUAUCAUUGCCACUAUGGAGUACAAUAUCGACGACUGGAAUAUCAAGAUCAAGAUUGGCGGCCUCGGCGUCAUGGCCCAGCUCAUGGGUAAGGCAUUGGAGCACCAGGAUCUGAUCUGGGUUGUGCCCUGCGUCGGUGGCAUCGACUAUCCGAUCGACCAGCGCGCUGAGCCGAUGUACGUGCCCAUCAUGGGCAAGGAGUACGAGAUCGAAGUGCAGUACCAUCAGGUGCAGAAUAUCACAUACGUGCUGCUCGACGCGCCCAUCUUCCGCACCCAGUCCAAGGCCGACCCCUACCCGCCGCGCAUGGAUGACAUGGACUCAGCCAUCUACUAUGCCGCCUGGAAUUACUGCAUUGCCGAGGCCAUUCGGAGGUUCAACCCGGACAUGUACCACAUCAACGAUUACCACGGUGCGGCGGCGCCGUUGUACCUGCUUCCUGAACGCACCAUCCCCUGCGCUCUUUCGCUUCACAAUGCCGAGUUCCAAGGUAUGUGGCCUAUGCGCACGCCUGAGGAGUCUAAGGAGGUGUGCGAGGUGUUCAACUUGGAUCCGGAAGUCGUGAAGGAGUACGUCCAGUUCGGCUCGGUUUUCAACCUUCUCCACGCCGGAGCAAGCUAUCUGCGUGUCCACCAAAAGGGCUUUGGAGCCGUGGGCGUCUCGAAGAAAUAUGGCGACCGCUCCUACGCCCGCUAUCCCAUCUUCUGGGGCCUGUCCAAGAUCGGCCAGCUGCCUAAUCCUGACCCGAGCGACACGGCUGAGUGGAGCAGAGACGAACAGGUCCUGGAGAAGGACGUCGUCGUCGAUUUCGAGGCCGAGGCCAAGCGCGGUGAUCUCAGGAGAGAGGCUCAGGAGUGGGCUGGUUUGGAAGUCAACCCGGAUGCGGAGCUGUUCGUCUUCGUCGGCAGGUGGUCGCUUCAGAAGGGCGUCGAUCUUAUCGCCGACAUUUUCCCGUCCAUCCUGGAGAAAUAUCCCACCACCCAGCUCAUUUGCGUCGGUCCGGUUAUCGAUCUUUAUGGCAAGUUUGCCGCGCUCAAGUUGGCAAAGCUCAUGGAGAAGUAUCCCAAGCGCGUUUACAGCAAGCCCGAGUUUACCGCCCUGCCUCCUUGUAUUUUCAGCGGCGCUGAGUUUGCUCUGAUUCCCUCUCGCGACGAGCCGUUUGGUCUGGUAGCUGUUGAAUUCGGGCGCAAGGGCGCGCUCGGCGUUGGCGCCCGCGUUGGUGGCCUUGGACAGAUGCCUGGCUUCUGGUACACGAUCGAAUCGACCGCCCCUCAGCAUCUUAUUCAGCAAUUCCGUGGAGCCAUUGUCAGCGCAUUGGAGAGCAAGAAGCAGAACCGCCAGAUGAUGAGAGCCUGGAGUGCCAAGCAACGGUUUCCUGUCGCUCAAUGGGUUGAGGACCUGGAUACGCUCCAGACCGAGGCCAUUCGCAUUCAUCAAAAGGAAGCCAAGAAGCACAAGAGAGUCUCUAGUGGCUCGUUGCUCACGGUUCCUUCUAACAUUGAUCUUAACGGCAACAACGGCCAGCGGGAUUACUUUGAUGAUGCGGUUGAGACACCUGCGGGCGCACGAUCUCGAGCGGAAUCUACUUCGUCGACGCCCGGUCCCCAGGAACCUGGCGCGGCAUACCACAGACGGACACCCUCAAACCCUUUUGAUGAUGACAUUCCCAGCAUUGCGUCCCCGCCUCCGGGUCCCGGAUCUCCUCCCACUGUUAACGUGGACCGUAUCCGCGAUCAUUCCGACCACGGUGGUGAAGACGGUGCUGAUGAACCCCUCAUGCCUCCCCUCAUGCCGCCGAACCCCCUGUUCCUUAACCCCUCUGCCAGUUCGUCGAUCACGGAUGUCCGCUCUAUCGCAGGUAAUGCCUUCGGCACAAUGGGUGAUCGCAGCAGUGUCGAUACAUUUGCGAUGCGCAUGAUGUCUCCCGAUGGUUCCGAGACCCGUCCUCAAGCCUUCGGAUUGCUCAACCCACAAGCUCGUCCCGGUGCUGAAGGUAUCUACCAAGCCCGCAACCGCAACAGCUCGCGCCUCUCCGUCGUCGAUGUCGUUGGUGACAGGCAGGAUUUCCGCUUGCAAAAGGUCGAUCCCUUCUUCACUGAUGCGACUGGUCAGUAUUACCGCGAGUUCGAGCGCAAGCUCAACGGACUCACGGCCAAGAACUCGGAAACCGAGCUUUGCGUCGAAGACUACCUCAAGCAAAGCGAAAAGGAGUGGUUCAAGGAAUUCAGAAACGCCAAGCUAGGCCGCAGCCGCAGCCCAAGCCGCUCUCGGAGCCCCAUGCCAGGCUUGAAGAUCAAGAAGCAGAGACAUGCCAGCGUUGUCAGCGUCCAGAGCAUUUCGCCUUCCGAAGACGACGACCGUGAGAACGAGGAAAGUAACAAUAAUAACAACGAUGGUGUCGGCCACCAUCGUGACGACCAAUUCCUGCUUGGCGAAGGGUACAAGCCGCCUACGGGCUUGAAAAAGCUGCUCUCUAUUCGCCUCGGUGACUGGCCUAUUUACUCUUUCAUCAUUGCCCUCGGCCAGAUUCUCGCCGCCAACUCGUAUCAAAUUGUUCUCCUCGCUGGUGAAUCCGGACAAACGCCCACGCAGCUUUAUAUCGUUGCUGGCACUUAUGCUCUCGGCUCCCUUCUGUGGUGGUUCAUGUUCCGUCGCCUCCCAGCACUGUACUCGCUCUCCCUGCCCUGGCUCUUCUACGGCCUGGCAUUCAUGCUUCUGGGCGUCACGCCGUUCAUGCCGGAGCACAUCCGUUUCCCAGUCCAAAACACCGCAUCGGCGUUGUACGCCGCUGGCGCAUCAAGUGGAUCGCUGUUCUUUGCAAUGAACUUUGGCGAUGAAGGCGGUGUCCCCAUAAUGACCUGGAUCUUCCGCGCCGCCAUCAUCCAAGGAAUCCAACAAGUCUACAUCCUAGCCCUCUGGUACUGGGGCAGUUUCCUCACCGGGCAAACUCCCACCGGCACUCCCCACGGCCUCUGGAUCGCCAACAAGGUCCCCGUCGUGCUGGUCAUUACCGUGCCCAUCGCCCUCAUUCUGUGGAGUCUAGGCGUCAUCUCCUUCAUCGGUCUACCCGAUUACUACCGCCAGCUCCCCGACAAGAUCCCCUCCUUCUACAAAUCUCUUAUGCGCCGCCACAUCGUGCCCUGGUUUCUGCUCAUGGUCGUCAUCCAGAACUACUUCCUGUCCGCCCCCUACGGCCGCACCUGGGAGUUCCUCUUUUACUCCCGCGCCGUCCCCGGCUGGGCCAUCCUGCUACUAGCCAUCGGCUUCUUCGUCGGCCUCUGGUGCUUGCUGCUGUGGCUCUUCGCCUACUUCACCAAAACCCACCCGUGGAUCGUCCCCCUCUUCGCCAUCGGCCUGGGAGCCCCGCGCUGGGCACAGAUGUUAUGGGCCACCAGCGGAAUCGGCCUCUACCUCCCCUGGUGCGGCUCCGCGGCCCUUGGCGCCAUCAUCUCCCGCUGCUUGUGGCUGUGGCUCGGGUUACUGGAUACAGUACAGGGUGUCGGACUAGGUAUGGUCUUGCUGCUGACGCUCACGAGGCAGCACGUGGCUGCCACGCUUAUGGGCGCGCAGUUCCUGGGCGCGGUGUUUACCAUGUUGGCGAGGGCGACGGCGCCGGAUAAGAAUGGACCCGGGGACGUGUUUCCGGAUUUCACGGCGGGGGCGAUGCCUGGGUUGGGCAAAGCCUGGUUUUGGGUCGUGUUGGGAUUGCAGCUUGUGCUGCCCAUUGGGUUUUUCAAGUUCUUUAGGAAGGAGCAGGUUGCUAAGCCGUAA